AUGGAAGUGCAUAAUGGAAAGAACACUUCAUUCUGGUAUGAUUCAUGGUCACAAUUGGGACGACUUAAAGAGAUUAUAGGAGACAGAGGACCGCUUGGGAUUGGGAUUGCAGAGAACGCUUUGAUUGAGGAUGUGGUACGAAAUCAUAGAAGGAGAAGGCAUCGGGUGAGAAUUCUGAAUGAAAUGGAGGAUGAGAUUGAUAUGUUGAGAGACAGAAUGGAUCAGGAACAAGAUAUACCGCUUUGGAAACAGGAGGGGGAUAGAUUUUUGAAUAAAUUUUCAACUAAAAAGACAUGGCUGCAAUUGCGUCAGCAACAGCCUGACUGCAGAUGGAGUAAAGGUAUCUGGUUUCCUCAAUAUACACCUAAGUACUCAUUCUUAGCUUGGGUGGCUAGAAGGAAUAGAUUGCAAACAUGUGAUAGGAUCCAUACCUGGAAUGCAACUGUGGAUACACUGUGUGUGCUUUGCAAAGAAGAACAAGAAACUUGUAAGCACUUGUUUUUUGGUUGUCGAUUUGCUGGGAAAGUGUGGAGAGAAUUAGUUGGGGGGAUCAUGAAGGAGCACUUCACUACGGAAUGGGAUGAGAUCUGGGAAGUAAUUUCUAAUCCUAAUCCUAGUUAUACCAAGACAGAGAUGUUUCUGAUUCAGUACACAUUCCAAACCCUGCUGCACAGUAUAUGGAGGGAGAGAAAUGCAAGAAGACAUGGGGAGCAACCAAGAGAUGAGGAGUUCUUGGUUACUUGGGUGGAUAAAACGAUUAGGCUGAAGUUGCUGUCAGUCAAGGGAAUGGGUAAACAACACUUUGAAGAGGGAUUGGCUGCUUGGUUUGGAGCGAGAAUACUUGGAAGUUCUUGA